AUGGACGUUAACAACACUACACAGGACAACAGCACCUUUGAAAAUGUCAGUUCUUUUGACUACGGCACCUGCAACUACUACGAUGACACUGAAGCUGGACACAUCACAGAUGUGGUGACGUGCAUCAUCAUUUGCAUCGGCCUUCCUUUGACCUUCGUCGCCAUCUACUCUCUCUACUCUCUGGUACGAAAUGAUCACGUUGCUCCCAUCUACGUCAUCAACCUUCUGAUCUCCGACCUCAUCCAGUUCUGCUGCAUGAUCUGUGAGGUAGCACAACCGCAGAUCAACAUCAUGAUGAUAUACAUUAUGAACGAAUAUAUUUACACCUACAGUCUGAUGACCAGUGUUGGCUUCAUGGUGUGCAUCGCCCUGGAAAGGUAUUUGCUGAUCGUCUUCCCACUGUGGUACCGCUGCAGACGAACCAUCAAGUCCACUGUGGUGAUCUGUGUCGUGGCCUGGGCCCUUCCUGCUCUCUUCUUUUUUACUUCAUUUUUUGGUGAUGAUUUUCAGCUCCUUCCCUUCCCACCGCUCAUAUUCUUCUGCUGUGCGACUCUCAAAGCCCUGUCUGCCUCCGUCUCGAUCCUGCCUGAGGAAAAACAACGAAUUGCAGGAACUUUGGUCCUGAUGCUGCUAAUUUACAUGUUGCUUUUUCUGCCCUUCAUCAUUUAUAUAAUGGUAGAUAGUUACACAAAUGACAGAUCACUAACUAAUACUCUCUCCUACCUGUCUCGUGCAUUUCUUAAGCUGAAUCCUCUUGCAGACUUGGUUCUGUAUAUCUUCAUGAAGAAAGGGGCCCUAGACAAGAUUUUGGUCUCUGUGUGUUGUUGCAGAGUUGAAGAUGUCAGCAGUCUGGAAAACAACACUAUCAGAGAGAACUAA